CGGCAGAAGCUGCAGUUCCUGUUCCGGAGCCUGCGGCCGAGGUGGUUUUGAGCUCCCUGACAAACAGGAAGCAAGACUUGCGGCCCCCGCUGCUCCCCGACGUCCUCCCAUCUGCACCGUCUGGCUGUCGGCUUACUUUUACCAUCCCUGUUCAUGGCGUCUCACGGCGAGAGCGUCCAGCAGCCCCCCAACACAUCGUCGGCGCUGCAGAAACUAGAGGGCUUCGCAAAUAGGCUCUUCAGCCGAAACGGGAGGAGCGGCGCGCAGGAGCAGCGGGCGACGCACGAGACGGAGGCCCAUUCGGCUUCGGAAAGCACUGCCCUGUGGGAUAAAACAAUGAAAGAAUUCCUCGCCAAAGCCAAAGAAGACUUCCUGAAAAAAUGGGAGAGUCCUCCUCAGAACACCGCCGGUCUCGAGGACUUUGAAAGAAUAAAAACCCUGGGCACCGGUUCCUUCGGGCGCGUGAUGUUGGUGAAGCAGAAGGGCGCGGACCAGUAUUACGCCAUGAAGAUCCUGGACAAGCAGAAGGUGGUGAAGCUGAAACAAAUCGAGCACACGCUGAAUGAGAAGAGGAUAUUACAGGCCGUGAACUUCCCCUUCCUGGUGAGGCUGGAAUAUUCCUUCAAGGAUAAUUCCAAUCUGUACAUGGUGAUGGAGUACGUCCCCGGAGGAGAGAUGUUCUCACAUCUAAGAAGAAUUGGGAGGUUCAGCGAGCCCCACGCACGGUUCUACGCAGCUCAGAUAGUAUUAACGUUCGAGUACCUCCAUUCACUAGACCUCAUCUACAGAGAUCUCAAACCAGAAAACCUUCUCAUUGACCAGCAAGGAUACAUUCAGGUCACAGAUUUUGGAUUUGCCAAAAGGGUAAAGGGCAGAACCUGGACGUUGUGCGGAACGCCGGAAUACUUGGCACCAGAGAUCAUUCUGAGCAAGGGCUACAACAAAGCAGUCGAUUGGUGGGCUCUGGGAGUUUUAAUCUAUGAGAUGGCGGCUGGUUAUCCUCCGUUCUUCGCUGACCAGCCAAUCCAGAUCUAUGAAAAAAUAGUGUCUGGAAAGGUACGAUUUCCUUCGCACUUCAGCUCAGAUCUUAAGGACCUGCUGAGGAAUCUGCUGCAGGUGGAUCUGACCAAACGAUACGGGAAUCUGAAGAACGGCGUAAACGACAUCAAGAACCACAAAUGGUUUGCCACCACGGACUGGAUCGCCAUUUACCAGAGGAAGGUAGAAGCUCCCUUCAUACCAAAGUGCAGAGGACCUGGAGAUACCAGUAAUUUCGACGACUACGAGGAGGAGGACAUCAGAGUCUCUCUGACAGAGAAAUGUGCAAAGGAAUUUGCUGACUUUUAGGAUAUUUGCGAGGACACGAUGACAUCAGGGCUCAUACUGGGAUCUUUGCACUCUGUUAUGGGAUGGAGCGGGGGCAAUCGUUCCUCCGUGAGGCUGAAUGAGGUGUAUAUUUGCCAUCUUCCAUGGGUGCGUUCUGCCCCAACCUUUCCACCCAGGCACCGUGAACGAGCGGCUCGUGCCGUUCCACUUCUAGACCACUUUCGUUCCCUCUCUUGGUUUCUCCUUUCCCCGUCAUGUAUGUCCGGCCCUCACCGUUUUAUUAUUUUAUCGAGCCGCACUCCCUUUUAUUUUGGAAAAUGUAUUAUUUGUGUGAGUGAAGCCGGGAGAUGUUGCAUCCGGGUUUAGACUGACAUACAUGUCGCUUGUAGUUUGCGUCACGCCGAAGGUCUGUAUUCCUUUGUCGUCCUUUCUGAGGGUACAAAAAUCAUCGUUUCAGCUCCCGCGGAGGCCGCCGGUAAUUGGAGGUUUUUUCUCAUUACGGCUGUAAUUUUAUCGAGGGAAAUCCCGUUUAUUAGGGUUCCUCUUUUUGGUGGAUGACCAAACUGGCAAGGAAUAGGCCGAAGUGGCACGUUUGGGGGGUAGACCGCAUGCCUUGGCGUCCUGCACUGCGGUAACUAUGCCACGCAGCGAGAUUCCCCGCCGGUCCUGCCGUCACUGAC